AUGUUCCACCGAUGUGAGAAGCGCAUGCAGUGGGACAAGUCGUUCUUUGAGAUGAAGGUCGUCGAUGAGAUCGAGGGUUCUGACAUCCUCUACAGCGUCCUGCGAGUUCCGGCGGUCGUGGCCACCCAGUCUGAACACACGGUGGAACGCGCGGUGGAACCGGAGGCCGUGGCCACCGCGAAUGGCCACGGCCGUUCGGUGGAUGGCACGAUCCUCAUCAGCCUCCGAUCGGCUAACCAUCCGGAGCUGCCAGAGACCAGCAAGCACGUCCGUGCCGAGUCAUUUACCUCUGGCUACGUCAUGCGACGCUAUGAUGAUGGGAACGAGAAAGGCACAAAGGUCUUCUUGAUGACUUGCACUGACGUCAAGGGCAUCAUCCCCAAGUGGAUCAUCAACUUUGUGGCACCUCGCAAGCCCGGCGAGUGGAUCGACUGCCUGAAGCGUGUCACUUGGAUGGGAGAGGAUGGGAGGGUGAAAAAGAGCGAAGGAUGGAAGGGGCGUCUAUCUCGACUGUCUCAUCAAGACUUGAUUCUGGGUGAUGGUUUCAGGUUAGAUAUUGAAUACUUUACUUGGGAUGAUCGAAUCCAGUGA